GAAUGCCAUUUUCAUGAAGGUUGGUGAUUCAUGGUUUUAUUGUAGCACGUGGGCUUACAACUUACAAGUUGUUAUUAGUGGACCAAGAAGAAUCUUAGAAGGGAAGGCAAACCAACUAACAACACAAUUCAAGAGGAGGCCCAAAUCACCAAGGACCCAUAAUUUGUGGGCAAAUCCAAUCAAAUUAUGCUUUGGCGUGUUGCAUGCUGCUGAGGAGAAGCAAAAUUUGAGGGAAAACAAUGCGCGGGAGUUACCGUUUCAGACAGUUACACAGCAGCAGCUUCAGCUCACGCUCACUCGAAACCCGGCAACCCAGCAACAUCAAGCACCAAACUGGAAAUCCGACUUGCCCAAACCCAAUCCCAUCAAAGAAAACACUAACCCAGAAACGCAGAUCCAUGAAUAAGUUAUCAAACGCCUCUGACUCUGAAAUUGUCAAAUUGAACAAGGACAUUACCACCCAAAUGCGCAAUGGCCGAUGCGAAGCGGCCUUACGCGUCUUUAAUGUCAUGCCUCGGCGGAGCCCAGUAUCUUAUAAUGCCAUGAUAUCUGGCUACCUGGCAAAUGGCAAGUUUGAUCUUGCAAAGGAUAUGUUUGAGAAAAUGCCAGAGAGAGACCUAGUUUCUUGGAAUGUGAUGCUUAGUGGGUAUGUGAGGAAUAGGGACCUUGGUGCCGCUCAUGCCUUAUUUGAACGUAUGCCUGAAAAGGAUGUUGUUUCGUGGAACGCUAUGUUAUCAGGUUAUGCCCAAAAUGGCUAUGUUGAUGAGGCGAGAAAGGUUUUCGAAAGGAUGCCGAAUAAGAAUGAGAUAUCAUGGAAUGGGUUGCUUGCGGCGUAUGUACAGAAUGGAAGGAUAGAAGAUGCUCGUAGGCUGUUUGAGUCGAAAGCCAAUUGGGAAGCAGUUUCUUGGAAUUGUUUGAUGGGUGGACUUGUAAAACAAAAGAGAUUAGUUCAUGCUAGGCAGCUUUUUGACCGGAUGCCUGUGAGGGAUGAAGUUUCGUGGAAUACCAUGAUCACAGGCUAUGCGCAGAAUGGGGAAAUGUCAGAAGCAAGGAGAUUGUUUGGGGAGUCCCCAAUUCGUGAUGUGUUUGCAUGGACAUCAAUGCUUUCAGGUUAUGUGCAGAAUGGAAUGUUGGAUGAAGGGAGGAGAAUGUUUGAUGAAAUGCCAGAAAAGAAUUCGGUUUCAUGGAAUGCAAUGAUUGCAGGAUAUGUACAAUGCAAGAGAAUGGACAUGGCAAUGAAAUUAUUUGGGGCAAUGCCUUUUCGGAAUGCCAGUUCUUGGAAUACCAUUUUAACUGGCUAUGCUCAGAGCGGUGAUAUUGAUAAUGCCAGGAAAAUCUUUGAUAGCAUGCCUCGACGUGAUUCCAUCUCUUGGGCAGCUAUUAUUGCUGGUUAUGCUCAAAAUGGUUAUAGUGAAGAGGCCUUGUGUCUAUUUGUAGAGAUGAAAAGAGAUGGGGAAAGGUUGACUAGGUCUUCGUUUACCUGUACUUUGAGCACAUGUGCUGAAAUCGCUGCGUUGGAAUUGGGGAAGCAGUUGCAUGGGCGAGUGACAAAAGCAGGAUACGAAACUGGGUGCUAUGUGGGGAAUGCACUCCUUGUAAUGUACUGUAAGUGUGGAAGCAUUGAGGAAGCAUAUGAUGUGUUCCAAGGAAUAGCUGAAAAGGAUGUUGUCUCAUGGAACACGAUGAUCUAUGGCUAUGCAAGGCAUGGAUUUGGCUCAAAGGCUCUGAUGGUUUUUGAGUCAAUGAAGGCAGCGGGUAUCAAACCAGAUGAUGUAACAAUGGUUGGUGUAUUAUCUGCUUGUAGUCAUACUGGCCUUGUAGACAGGGGCACGGAAUAUUUCUAUUCAAUGAAUCAGGAUUACGGCAUAACAGCAAAUUCAAAACACUAUACCUGCAUGAUUGAUCUCUUGGGUAGAGCUGGGCGCCUGGAGGAAGCACAGAAUUUAAUGAGAGAUAUGCCUUUUGAACCAGAUGCUGCAACAUGGGGAGCUCUACUUGGUGCAAGCCGGAUUCACGGCAAUACCGAAUUAGGUGAAAAGGCUGCUCAGAUAAUUUUCGAGAUGGAGCCUGAAAAUGCAGGAAUGUAUGUUCUUUUGUCAAAUUUAUAUGCAGCUUCUGGCAGAUGGGGUGAAGUUGGUAAGAUGAGAUUGAAGAUGAAGGAUAAAGGUGUCAGGAAAGUUCCUGGAUAUAGCUGGGUUGAAGUGCAAAACAAGAUUCAUACAUUUUCAGUUGGGGACUCUAUACACCCAGAUAAGGACAAGAUAUAUGCCUUCUUAGAAGAGUUGGAUUUGAAAAUGAAGCGGGAGGGAUACAUUUCCUCCACAAAGUUAGUUUUACAUGACGUGGAAGAGGAAGAGAAAGAGCAUAUGCUGAAGUAUCACAGUGAGAAAUUAGCUGUGGCAUUUGGAAUUCUUUCAAUCCCAGCUGGGAGGCCAAUCCGUGUAAUAAAAAACUUGCGAGUUUGUGGAGACUGCCACAAUGCCAUUAAAUACAUAUCCAAGAUUGUGGGAAGGACAAUAAUCCUAAGGGAUUCUCACCGUUUUCACCACUUCAGCGGCGGUAAUUGUUCAUGCGGGGAUUAUUGGUGAGUGUAGAUGAAUUCAUGCAUAUCAGUGUGUGCAAAAGAAACUUUCUGGUCUUCACCACAGUGAAGUGAUUAACAGGUGAAGUUAAGAGAAAGUCAAGAUGAAGUUAAGUGAUCAGGAACCAGAGUGCUACGAGAAAGUUCGGGGUAAGAUACGUUCUGGUGAUGAACAGAUGAAGUGAUUAGUAGGAAGGAGCUGGCUAUUUUUGCCUUUGAAAACCACAAGUGAAGCAAAGGUAGAGGGAAAAACAAAAAGAAUAAGUAUGAAGGAUGCCUAGAUAUUUUUGGUAGCUAAUGAAACAAUGGCAUCCUCUGUGUAAAAAUGCAAACUCUGGGAUGACCAGUCUUAAACCAAUUGUGUUCCUUUGUACAAAUCUGAGUUUCAGAGGCUAGUGAGCUUACUCUGCUUCAGCCAGUUUGUCCAGAGGUUUUUCUGUAAUUUUUUUCCUUUUUGUGUUUUGUUUUUUCGUUUUCCUGAUAUCUUGUAAAGUUCGGUUCGCACGACGUCGUUCCUUUUUAUUCACUCUCUCUUUUUGGGUGCA